GGAAUAAAACAGAAGAGAAAAAAAUUUGAAAAAGAGGAAAAUAAAUAAAAAAACCCAAAAAAUAAAACGAACAGUAAAGGAGAAAAAUAAUAAAUAAAUAAGGAAAUUGAAAAAAAAAAUGUUUUUUUUUUUUCUUUUGAAUUUUUUUUUCAAAUUUUUGUCAAAUAAAAAAUAAAAUUUCGAAUAGUUAAAAAAACCAAAAUAUUGAAAAACAAAAUUUUAUAUUUAAAAAAAAAAAUAAAAUCAUAACUAAAUCAUCAUCAACAAUAUUGCUCUGUAUAACAGUAGAUAACUAAAUAUAAAAUUAAAUAAUAAUAAUGAAAAAUAACAUAAUGAAUUUUAAUAAUAAUAUUAUAAUAAUGAUUUGAAUAUAGAGGACAGUUAUAAUAAAAUAUCAAAUAAUUAUCAAAACACUAUAUAUUUAAAUUUCAUUAUUAUUAUACAAAAUUUAUUUAUGCAAUUAUAACAGUUAUGAUAAUUAUAAGUAAAUAUUAAAAUGUUUAAUAACAUAUAAUAAAAUAAUACAAGAUAAGAAAAAUACAGUAUAACAAUAAUUAAUUCCAGCAGCGCAAGCUUGAAAUGAAUAUACCAAAAAUAAAUAUCUGGCUAGUUGAACAACAAACAAAAUAGCAAUCAAUUUAUGAUAUAGAAAAAAAUUCAAUAAUUAUAUAAAGAAAAAUGAAUGUGUCACCGGUUAGAUAUAAUGGACCACAACAUAAUCAUCAUCAGUCAGAAGGCUUUCAUCAUAUUAGUGGACGUUUAUCAAUUCAUCCGAUAGAUCGUUUUGAUGAAUCAAUAACAUGUUGCAGUUUACCACCACCAUCACCAGCUCCAACAAGUGAUCGUUUUGUAAUGGGUGGCAUUCCAGCUCCAUCAUCUUCUUCUUCAAUUAGUGCUGGUGGUAGUAUGAAUCUUAGUAGUAGUCACCAUCAUCAUCAUCAUCAUCAUUUUACAACAAAUCAAGAACAGGGAGCAGCACAAAGUGGCCGUAAUAGUAUUGAUAAAUAUGCUACAAUGCAUCGUACAAUGUCACCAUCAUCACGUUAUAGAAUAACAACAUCAGAUCGAUAUCAUCGUGACUUAUCACCAAAAUGUACACCAACGGUAUCCGUGCAAUCAUCAUCAGCACCAUCUACAAGCUCGCAACAACAUCAACAACAACAACAGCAACAACAACAACAACAAUCUGGCACAAAUCAUCAUCAUCAUAUUCAUCACCAAUCAUCAAAUGGAAAUACAAAUUCGGAUCGUUAUAAUUUAACAACAGCAGCACAUUUUUUAACAAAUAGUACACCAUUAGUUUCAUCCGAUGCUUAUACUUAUUUAUCAUCAACAGUUCAUACACCAGUUAAACGUUAUGUUCCAACACCACCACCUCCAACUGAAAUCUAUUCUGAUAUACAACAAUCAAAUUCAAGUAUUACAUCAGUUUCAUUGAAUAGCGAUUGUAAUGUUAAUAGUGGGAGUAAUACACUUCAAUUAUCAAAUCAUCAAACCCCUCUAAGUAUAUCACAAUCUCAGCAAUCAUCUCAACAUGUUAGUACAUUACCAUAUCGCUUUCGUAUGAAAUGUUGUUUAACUGAUGCAAAUAAUAUACAACAAUCUCAGCAACUAAAUAAUACUUGCCAAUCAAGUCGUAAUAAUAGUAAUACAUUAACAGUUGCAGAUCAUUAUGCAACACCACCACGUGUUCGACCACUAAAAUGCCUUUCAAAUACGAUUGAAAUAUCUGGUCAAACAUCAACAAGACAACAAAAAGUACAACAAUCUAGUUCAUCUAUUAUAAACGCUUCCACAUCUUCAUCAUCUUCAUGUUCAAAUAAUACGUGUAAUGCGAGCAGCAAUACUAUUAAUCACGGAAGUAGUAACACUGGUAAUAGUGGAAGCAAUCAUCAGUCAAGAUCUAAUAGCGGAAGUGGUGGAAGUGGAAGUGUCGUUACUGCUAAUAGUUUAAUUGCUUCACAAUGCCUCGUUAAUGAUUAUUUACAACGUACUCCAAGUAAUGAAUAUCUAGUUGAGAGUGUUAAUUCAAAUUCAAACAAUAAUAAUCGAAAUGUUGUAACACCGACAAGUGUAAUGUCAGAGCCAUUAACAAAUGCUACUUGUUUACAUUGUAAUACAAUGCGUCGUACAACUGGUGUACAUCAGACAACUCAAACAACUGGACCUAUUAGCCCUGUACCACAACAGCCACCUCAAAUACCAUUACAGCAGAAUUAUUCAUCGUUAAAUUCGAAUCAUUCAUCUUCCAUUAUAAACAAUCAUAAUGAAUCAAAUGGUAUUACAAAUGAUCGUAUUUCAGUUUCACCAACUCCUUCAGCAAAUCAACAACAACUUUCACCUUUGUCACCAAAACAACAACAACAGACACAACAAAUGAUGCAAACUCAACAUAUUUUACAUGAUCAAAAUGUUGAACAACAGCAAGUAUUAUGUAGAACACAACAGCAACAGCAAACCCAACAACAAUCGCAAACAUCACUUUCAUCUCAGUCCCAAAAUUCUAAUCUAUUAUAUUCAUCAAUUGGAAGAAAUGUUCAACAGCAAUCUAACAACCAAUCUCAGUCACAAACUCAAUCACAAUCAACAAUGUCACAAUUGGCGGUUGCUAUUGGUGCAUCACAAUCUCAACUAUCCAAUCAAAUUUCGGUAAGACAACAGCAGCAACAGCAACAAUUACAACAAAAGCAACAGCAACAACAGCAACAACAACAACAACAGCAGCACCAUCAUUUCGUUACAUCACCAAAUAGUUUGCAAAAUCAAAUGAUAGGCAAUAUAGCUGGUAUUGGCAAUGGAAAUAACCUAUUGAAUUCAUCAAGUGCAACACAACGUAAUACUUUAACAAUAAGACAACAAAUGCAACAACGGUUUUCACGUAAACAACGUCUUAAGGAAUACAUAAGAAGAGAGAUUGCUCAAUUUUUCGGUGUUGAUCCAAAUAGUGAAGAUGAAGAGCGUCAUAAAUGGCAAGAAAGACAAAAACGUUUAGCUUUACGUCGUCUUGGACCAUUGAAAAGUGAUUUUGAAAUUAAUAUUAGUAAUGGUAAUUGCGGUGAUGGCAGACGUGAUCAACCACCACCUGGUGAUCGCCCUGAUAUAUUACCCGCUCAAAUAACAAAUGAAGAAUUACAAAACUCAAAUUAUGAUAAUUCCUUACGUUUACCAAUUGAAAAGAAGUCAUCUGUUCCAACAAUGUUUAUGUCAGGAAUUUUAUAUAUUAUACAAACAUUACAUAAACGUCAGCCACGUCAACCGAAACAGUGGUCAAGAAGUUUUGCUCCAGCUCACAUAACAACAUUAAAUAAUGAUAGUUCAAGUGAUGUUUGUGACGGUUUAUCGAUAUUACAAGAAGAUGAAGUAUUUUUUGAUUCGCCUGGUAAUGAUGUCGGUACAUCUAGCACACUAAGUGGUAACAGUGGAAGUGGUGGAGGAGGUAGUAAUCCGAGUAGUAAUCAUAAUUGUACUAACGGUAGACAAAAUUCAUCUAAAAUAAUGGAACAGACAAGGCAAUUAUAUAUGGGUGAACGGGUACAUGGAUGGCGCACAUCUGCUGUCAUUGAUUUACAGCAUAUACAACAACAACCGGGAGGAUGUGUUAAUGGUAGAUCAAGUGUAAAUGGUUCUCAACAACAAAGGAUGGGGUAUCGUGGCACAAGAAUAUCAUCACAAAUACUUGAUGGUGUUUUAGAGAAUUCAAGGCGUCCAAUUGCUCGUAAAGUGAAAAUGUUUCAUCCAAAUGAAUUAGAUGAUCGUAACGAUCAUAGACCAUUUUUCACAUAUUGGAUAAAUACAGUUCAAACUUUAGUUUUAAUAUUUUCACUAAUUUGCUAUGGUAUUGGUCCAAUUGGUUUGGGCAUUGAACAAAAAACAGGACAAGUUUUGGUUACAAGCCUAAGUUUACAAACGGUACAACAUCAAGAACAAAGAAAUUUUUGGAUUGGCCCACGUAAUAAUGAUUUAGUACAUUUAGGAGCAAAAUUUGCUGCAUGUAUGAGACGUGAUAUUAAAAUAAUGGAAGUCGUUGCUAAAACACGGCGUCAAGAACGUGAAACAGCAUGCUGCAUAAGAAAUGAUGAUUCUGGUUGUGUUCAAAGUAGUCAAGCUGAUUGUUCUGUUCGAGGACUGUGGCCGACGAAAUCAAUAUCAACAUGGAAAAAAUGGUCACCAGAAUUUUCUGGACCAGGAGGUCGCAUAUCUGGUUCAGUAUGUGGUUUAGAUCCUAAAUACUGUGAUGCACCGGCUUCUAUAGCACCAUAUGAAUGGCCAGAUGAUAUAACAAAAUGGCCAAUAUGCCGUAAAACAAAUUCAUUUUCGCAACGUUUUAGAUAUAAAGGUCAAACAGCUGAACAUAUGGUUUGCGAAGUAAUUGGACAUCCAUGUUGUACUGGUGUAUUCGGUGAAUGUCGCAUAACUACAAGAGAAUAUUGUGAUUUUGUUAAUGGAUAUUUUCAUGAAGAAGCAUCAUUGUGUUCACAAGUGUCAUGUUUAAAUAAUGUUUGUGGAAUGUUUCCAUUUUUGUCUGUGGAAGUACCGGAUCAAUUUUAUCGACUAUUCACAUCAUUAUGUUUACAUGCUGGUAUCAUACAUUUAGCUAUCACAAUUGCCUUUCAACACAUUUUCUUAGCAGAUUUAGAACGUUUAAUUGGUCCAAUAAGAACAGCAAUUGUUUAUAUUGGAUCUGGUUUAGCUGGAAAUUUGACCAGUGCAAUAUUAGUACCAUAUAAGCCAGAAGUUGGGCCAUUAGCAUCAUUAGCGGGUGUAAUAUCAUCUUUAGUUGUUUUAUUAUUAUUGGCACAUUGGCGACAAUUAAAAAAACCACAUCUAGCAUUAAUGAAAUUAAUUAUAAUUGGUGGUACAAUAUUUGGUAUGGGUACAUUACCAUGGCAGCAAAAUUUUGCAGGACUUGUUGCUGGUAUAUUUUGCGGUGUAUAUUUAACUGUAGCAUUAGUUCCAUUUAUUAGUAUCACAAAAUAUGGAAGGAAAGCUAAGAUAAAAUUAAUUUGGACAUGUGUUUUGUUUCAUUUAUUCAUUUACACAAUGAUGAUUGUUAUAUUUUAUGUAUUUCCAACUGAAUUAACAUCAAUUGAUUUUGGUGACAUUAUAAAUGGUAAUGGUUUUAAUACGCACUCAACAAUCAAUCAUAAAAAUCGUUUUGAUAUUGAUAAUUAUGGUUCAAAUAUGAAUACACCACAUAACAAUCAUAAUAAUCAUCAUCAUCAUACAGAUGUUAUUGAUGAUCGUGGUAGUGAUGACCGUGUAAUGAGUGCUGGUACCGUUAAUGAAAUCAAAACAAAAUUAAUAAAUUUUAAUUUAUUACAAACAUCUUACAAUGCAGCUGUAAUUUCAAAUAACUAUCAUAAUAGUAAUAAUAAUAAUGAAAGAAUAAAUAAUGAUAACAAUGCUGGUAUAAAUAUUAAAAUUGAUAGGCCAUUAAUAAAAAGUGGGAUCGCUAUAAAUGAUAUUAAAAAUAAAAAAAAAAAUAUAAAAAUAAAUAAUUAUAUACUUUCAAAUAACAGAAAUAACAAUGAUAUUAUUGUUAAUGAUCAUAAAAAUGUUAAUAAUAAUAAUAAUAAUAAUAAUAAUAAUAAUAAUAAUAAUAAUAAUAAUGAGAAUAAUAAAAGAAGCUAUCCAAAUAAAAUGUAUAAAAAUGAGGAACAUGUUAAUUAUAUAAAAGAUAAAAAAAAAGAUAAUUAUUAUUAUUUUAGUAUAUAUGAUAAUUAUACUAAUUAUUUGAUUGAUAUUAAUUAUAAUAAUAGUAAUAAUAGUAAUGAAGAUAACACAUUUAGUAAAACAGCUAAUGACAGUACUAUUAACACUGAAUAUUUUAAUAUUAUUAAUAACAGUUAUGAGGACAGUGAAAAUAAUAAUAAUAAAAAUACUUAUAAUUAUACUAAUAAUAAUAAUGAACAAAGAAAAAAUAACAUUGGUAACAAAAUUUAUAAUAACAAUAUAAUAAACAAAUAUGCCGAUAUUAAUUAUAAAAUGAUUGAAAAAGAAAAAAAUUAUAAUAAUUCCAUAAAUUAUUAUAAUAUUAGAUUUAAUAAAAUUGAAAAUGAGCAAAAUAUUAUUAGAAACAAAAAUAAAUGUAAUGAAACAGAAAGUGAAGAAAUCACAAAUGUUAUUGAUAGCGAUAACCAAAACAAAAAUAAAUAUAGUAAUAAUAAAAAUAAUAAUAAUACUGUUAAUAAUUAUAAUAAAAAAUAUAAUAAAAUUAAUAAUAUUAAUAAUAAUAUAAGUGAUAUAAAAAUCCAAAAUAUUCAAAUAUAUAAAAAUGAAAUUAAUAAAACGCAAAAUAAUAAUAUUAAAAAUAUUAAUGAGAAUUUGAACAGUUUAACUAAGUUUAACAAAAUUGAAAAUAAUAACGGCAUUAAAAAUUUUGAUGUUCAAACGGCAAAUAUUAUCGAUAGAUUUAUUGAAAACACAAAAAAUAAUAAAAAUAUUAAUAUAUACAAUGAAUAUCCAAAUAUAAAAUUGAAUCUGAAAAAGGAAAACAAAAACAUCAAUAACACAAUUUGUAAAAAUAAAACAAAUUAUAUCGAAUAUGCAAUAUUUGAUACAAAUCACGAAAAUAAUUAUAACAAUGAUGGUAAUAAUAACAAUUAUAUUAAUAGCAAUAAUAAAGCUACUCCAAGUAACCAAAUACUUAACAUGGAAUAUAGUAACACUGACAAAAAUAGAUUAACUGUAAAAUAUAACGGUUAUAUGAAAAAUGUUUCUGUUAAUAACAGUUAUAACAGUAUUAACAGUAAGGAUGAAGAUAACGUUAAUAAUUAUAAACAAUAUGAUAACACCGAAAUUGAAUUUUAUAGUGAGAUCAAUGAUACCAAUGAAGGAAAUUUAAAAAAAAAUGUCAGUAAAAAUGAAAAUAAUUACAAUAAAAACAGUACUAUAAAUAUUAAUAUUAUUAAUGAAAGUUGUAACGGUAAUAAUGGUGACAAUAACAUUAAUAAUACCCAUGCUAAUGAGAAUAAAUGCAGUCAAAAUAACGAGAGUCACACUGAUCUUAAUAAUUCUUUUCUUAGUAGUGACAAACAUAACGACAGUGAUAAUGAUGACGACAAUGAUAGUGAUGGGGAAAAUGAUAACGAUAAUGAUACUGAUAAUGAUGAUGAUACUGACAAUGACAGUGACCAUGACAGUGACAAUAACAAUGAUAAAGGGAAUAGUAAUGAUAAUGAGGAUGAUUAUGAUAAUGACUUAGAUAUUAACAACGACAAUGAUAAUGAUAGUGAGAAUGAGAGUGACAAUGAUAACGAUGAAGAGAAUGAUAAUAAGAAUAAUGGUCGUAAUUACAACGUUAUAAAUAAUGUUAAUAGCGAUGAUAGUGCCAAUAACAGUUAUAAAGAUAAUGGCAAUGAUAAAGAUGACGAUUUAGGUAAUUAUGGUGAAAAUGACAAUUAUGGUGACAGUGAUAAAGAUAAUGAAAAUGAAAAUAAAAAUGGCAAUGACAGUGACAAUGACGAUGAAGAUGCAAAUGAAAAUGACAAUGAAAACGAAAAUGACAACUAUAAUGGCAAUGGGUACGGCAAUGAAAAUGAAAGUGACAGUGAAAAUGACCAAGACAUUGACAAUGUAAACGAUAUUGGUAAAAAUAAAAAUUAUGAAGAUUAUGAUGAUAACAAUGAUAAUUAUAAUGGUAACGAUAAUGAUUCUGAUAAUGAAAAUGAUAAUAAUGAUAAGUAUAAAAGAAGCAAAAAGGAAAAUGAUAUUGGAAAUUUUAAUAAAAAUUACAAAAAUGAUAAUAAUGAGGUUAAUGAUAACAGUGACAAAAAGAAUAAAAAUAUAGAAAAAAAAGAAAAUAUCAAUUACCAUAGCAACAAUAACGAUACAAUCAAUGAAAAUUAUACUGACACAGAUAAUGAUCAUGGUAAUAUUAAUACUGACAACAAUUAUUAUGAGAGUGGUAAUAAUAAUAAAAACAAUGAUAAUGGCCACUUUUUCGAUAAUGACAAUUACACUGAUAUCGGGAAUAACACCUUGAAUGACGAAAAUAGUUAUAAUAUUUCUAAUUAUAUAAAUCGAGAAUAUGAUGGCUAUUAUAUGGGAAAUUUUAAUAAUUAUUAUGAUAAUAUAAAUGAAACAUUUAAUGAUAAAAAUCGUGAUUCUAAUGAUAGUAAUAGCAAUAACAAUAAUAAUAAUAAUAAUAAUAAUAAUAAUAAUAAUAAUAAUAAUAAUAAUAAUAAUAAUAAUAAUAAUAAUAAUAAUAAUAAUAAUAAAGGUAAAAAUGAUAAAAAAGCUCAAAAAAUAAAAUUAAAUGUAAAAUAACAUUGAUGCCAACAAUAAUGUAAAUAAAAACUAAAAAAAAAAAAGAAAAAGAAUAUUGUGAGACAAAAAGAAUAAGAAUCGAAUCAAAUUUUAAAAUGAAUAAUAAACAACAACAAAAGCUGUAAUAAAAACAUUUUGUUACCAAUGUUAUAAAAAAUAAGGAAAUUAGAAUUACAAAAUGAUUUAAAUGACAAUUUAAUAAAUUUAACUGCCAAUAUGAAUUAUAUAUGAAUAUUGAUAAAUAUACCGGAUAUAAUUAAAAUAGCAUUUAAUAUUAAGUUGUAGAGAAAAAAAAAACAACUAACAAAAAAGUAAAUUUGUAAUGCAAAAACAAAGUAAUAAAUAAUAUUAAAAAUAAUUAUUAUAUUAAUUAUUAAUAAGUUAUAAAACUACUAUAAUACAUAGUGGUCCUAUUAAAAUAUGAAUGCAUCCUUAAAUUAAUAUUAAAUUUAAAUUUAAUUGAAAUAUUUAGUUAUUUUCUUCUUCUUCUUUUAUUGAAUUCGAUUGCGAAUUUUCUUUGUUAAUUAUUAUGUAAAGUUAAGGUGCAAUUUUUUUUUAUUAGAAAAUAAUUUUUUAUCAAAUUUUUGAUCAAAAACUAAAUUUGCAAAUCAUAUAUUAUUUAUCUUUUAUAAUUUUAUCUUUUAAAGUCAAUCACAUUCUAUGUCUCUAAAUGUCACUUUUUUAAAUUCGUGUGUAUGAUAAUGGUAGUGACUAAUGUUAAUAAUAAUUAAUGUUCAUAAUAAUUUAUAAUAAAAAUAAUUAAUAAUAAUAAAUAAUAAUACUUAAAUAAUAAUGAAAUAUAAUAAAUAAUGUUAGCAGAAAAUGAAAAAACGUGUUUCCAAUUUUAAAGUUUUCAAUUCAAUUACAUAAAAAUAGGUAUAAUGAUGUAUAAGUGUGUAACAAUAAAAGAGUGAGUUCGAAAGUUGCACUUUAUUUUGUUAUACAUAAAAGUAGAAUCAGGCAGGAUUUGCUCUAUUAACAGAAACCCCCCCCCCCCAAACGGAACUGCAUUCUUAACAUUAGUACCAACUUUUGAACAUGUUGAGCUUUUUUCAAAAUUAACGCAAUUAUAUCCUAACACAGCUAAAGGUGGGGUAACGAUAUUGCUGAAGGGGAGGUCAAUUGCUAAGAGCGACUGGUUUUUGUUUUCUCGCUUUCCACAGAACAGUUGCACCAUAAAUGUGCAACUAGAACACGAUUUUCUAUCUUGGCGAUUUCCAACCUAGUCGGCAUCAUAUAAUCUUUCUAAUUUUGUUUCUGUUUUUCUAUAAACAAUUUUUUAAUCUAUUGUUGCAUUCAAAUAUCUUAAAAUAUAUUUAACAGCCGCAAAGUGUUGAUUGUGUGGGUUUGUAUUAAAUUGAGCUACUUUACUUACUGUAUAAGUAAUAUCUGGUCUAGUAACAAUACUCAAGUAUAAAAGUGAUUUAAUUAUAGAUUGAUAUUACUUUAUGUCACCUAUGUAACAUUUUUCACAAUUAGUACAUUUUUCAAGAACUUGUGGUUUUGAACAAGAUCUUGUUUCUAGCAUAUUAAAUUUUUUUACCAAAUUUUUAAUAGAUUGGGUUUGGUGUAAAUCUUGUAAUUCCAUUUCAGGGAAGUAAUCAUUUAGUCCUUUAUCAAUAAUUUCAAAUUUUGAACUAAUUUUUUCUUUUUCAGAUUCUAAAAUAUUAUUAUUUUCACAUUAAUCUUAAAAUAUCAUCUACAAAUACAGCCAAUAUCGUAGGUUUUUCAGUUUUGUUAUUUAGACACAAGCACGACUUUACUGCGAACAUAACCAAUUCGUUUUAAAAUUUCAUCUCUAACUAUCAUACUCUGCUGCUAAAGUUAAUAAAAAUUUAAAGUAGAAUUACUGAAAAGAGGCGCGAAAAUUUCUUCAUAGUCAAUACCAAUAAUCCGUGAAACCCAUAUGUUUUGUUGUUUGUGAAACCUAUCCAUGUUCAUCCGUGAAACCCCUUUGUUAAUUGCUUGUUUCAAAACUUUCUACUAAAAAUUCUACAAACUUUUUUUUCAAAAUUUUAAUCAGUUCCUUAAAAAAAAUUUUCCACCUCUGGUUGUUAUUAUUUUUCUAUUUUUAGAUUCAUAUACUCUAUAAAAUUUUGAUUCUGACGAAUAUCCCACCUUAUAACAUUCUAUACCUUUCGCACUAAACUUGGAAUUGCGUUGAUUUUUACUUUAUCUACGUAUAUGCACGACAAACAAAAAUUUUAAAAUUUCCUAUAUCUUUAUACCACGCUUACUUUAGUGUCAUAUUUCCUAAUAUUUUUCUAUUACAUCUAUUUCUAAUGUAUACAGGAAUAUUAAUUGCUUUUGCCCAAAAAAAAAAAUUGGUAAACAACUUCGUAUUGGGGUCGCAUAUAUCACUAUGGUUAGUUAUUUUUGCUUUUAUUCAAAUUUCAUAUUCAAAAUUUAAAGUUUUAUACACACAAGUAUUUAAAUCAUCUACCAUUUUUCUAUCAAGUAACAUUUCUAAACUACUAUUGUUCAGAUGGCCAUAUCUGUCAUUCCACAGUCUGUGAUUAUCUUUUAAAUCGUUUUUUAAAUUUUAAUAGUUUGCAAUUUGAUUGAUCUAUUUCUAAAGCGUUCAAACCAUUUUUCAAUUCAACACUUAAAAUUUCUUUUCGAAAUUUAUUUUUUAUAAUAGUGUUUCGAGAAUGGAAAAAGCUUGUUAAAGCAUUUUCAACAUUGUUGACAGAUAAAAAUUACAUUGUUGACGCUUUCUUUUAAAAUAACUUCUUUAAAACCGGAUGAUUUAAUAAUCUAUAUAGGUAUGGCUUGUUGAACCACUAUCAAAAAUCCAUGUCGUUCCUUUUGAAUUAAGUAAUGAAUAAUUUUUAUUAACAUUGCAAAAGAAUAUGAAUUUUUAUUGCUUCUAACAUUAAAUUUCAUGUUUUCUCGGCAAUAUUUCGAAUAAUGCCCUCUCUUACAACAAGAAUAACUAUGUUAUAUUUGGAAUCAUUUGUAAAUUUUUUCAUAUUAUCUGUAUAAUUUAACUGUUAGUGAAUACAGUUUCAUCUGAUGUUGACACUA